AUGUAUGACAUAAAAUUGUGUGACAUUCCGGUAAAUUAUGUAGCUGCUCGUCAGUGAGGUUCAGAGGAAAGUGUUAGGUAGCGUUCUCUACACAGGUUAGUUCACACAUUUGUACAACUUGCAAUAAGUUACCCAUAAUACAUUUGUCCCAAAUUCAUCGUGAAAUAAGCUCAACGCACAGGUCGUUAAGAGAGUUAGAGUUAUGUACUUCGUCUAUUGCGUUUUGAGGAAUCGAUCUCAAAUUAUGACAGCUGCAUAAUUCAAUGCUUCUUUUUGAUGCAACAUGGACUCCAAUCAUCAUUGCUGGACGGAGAGUAACUCAACACUAACAUCUAUCUUAAGAAUGUUAAAAAAAAUAGUUAUUUCAUCAUCAGAGGUAUUGUAUACAAAGUUUCCCAACUCAAAAACUACCAUUCCAAUCUCCAACUCAACGAAAAUCUGAAUUCUAUAGCAUAAGAGUUAUCAAUUUGGAGUAAGCAAAAUGUAUUUGUUAUUUAAGGAAUCGAAGAAACAAGCCUUGUAUUCCCUUUUAAUUGAACCAACAAAACAAUCUUUCGUCAAAAUCCGCGGGAUAGCGCUGUCAAGACAUGCUUUACGUAAUUUCUUUUAAAACCUUUUAAUGAGUAUCUAAUUGCUCGGGUUCAAUUGUAAAUCAUUUCGUUAAGUGCAAAUGGCAUUAGUGAAUUUCAAACGAACAAAAGAUAAGCAUAAGGACAGAAAUCUCAAUUGUGUUUAGUUCUCACAGCAAUAUAAUCGAACUGGUCUUAGUCUGCCAACAUAACCAUUCGUACCAACCCAGAUUUCAUGCUGGGAAACAGUUUAUCUUUCAUCGAGAAGUGAAAACCUCAGUCGGAAGUCGUCGUGAAUAUAUGUAUUAGUUAUCGCUGUAAUUAUGACAAAUUUUCAACAUUGUUCAGAACUAGAAAUGGCUUUUUAGAUCAGGAAUAAUCAAUGGAACCUCAAUGAUGAGUUUUUUUACUGAGAUGCUGAGGGAUGAAUGAAUAUGUCGUUUACAUUUUCUUUAACCCUUGACACACUAACAUCAGUAUGCAUAUUCUCCACACUGUUCUCCAUUCAUUUCCUAAGCUACUGACAAGGAGAAUUUGUUUAACAAUCAUGAGCUCUGUCAGUGGUGAUAAUUUCCUUUAUUCUUCUGACCUUAAUAUGUGAUUCAGGGCUGAUACUGUAAGAAGAAAUUAGAUGCCAGUCACUCUUAGGGGUCAAAAGGGAGGAAGAAUUUUGGAGUGGGCACAUUACUAACUUUGAUUUUUUUUUUACUUUGUUCUUAUUUUUGUAGCGCACGGAAGCAGAUGACAUUGUGAACUUGCUAGAGACGUUCAUUGUUGGUAUUCGGAGAAAUGGAAAGCGACUUUAGAGGGGCAAUCUGCACAACGGGGCUGAUUUUUCUCGUUUUGUUUUGCUCUGUUGCAUCUGUCGCUAAUGGUUUACUCCUUGUUGUUCUGUACAAAGAUCCUUCAAGAUGCUUCAGGAAGCCUAUAGUGGUGUACAUAGCCGCUCUAGCGCUGAUGGACUUUUUGAGUGGAAGUGUGACAGGAAUUGGUGUUAUCUACAAUUAUAUUUUGUGCGCACUUGGAAAAGAGAAUUCUUCCUCACUGGAAGGUACAAUGUUCGCAGCAGUUUUCGCUGGGUUCACAAUUUGUACAGCAAAUAUGUUAGCGUUGUUGCUGUCUUGUGAGAGGCUCUUUGCUGUAGCUUUUCCAAUCGACUAUCGGCAAAAGUCCACGGUACGGAGAGGUGUCAUUGCUGUGGCAGCCGUGGUGGUUUACUCUCUUACCUUCAGUUUAUCAAAUUUAGCGGGGUCUAAUUGGAGGAGUGCACCUUUACGCUUUCACUUGACUGUUACUGCACCCUUCUUGGCAUUGAUCGCUGUAAAUAUAGCGCUUGUUAUGGUAAUAAGACUGCACAACAGGAAAACAGAAUGUCUGUUGGAAGGUUCUGUAAGGCCAUCAAAUUACUCUGGUGUUGAAUCAAAACGUAGACAGAGAGAGAAGACUUUGGCAGUCACCACACAACUGAUAGUGUUUUGUUUUGUAACAUCUCUACUUCCUUACCUCAUCUUUAAACUAAUGGAUCUCUAUUUGCCCGAAUACAGAGAGCAGGAUUGGUUUUUCGCCGGUGUAAGAUUUUUCCUCCCGUUCGUCUAUCUAAACCCCGCAGCCAACCCUCUGAUAUUCAACUUCAGACUUGCGCACUUCCGGCGGGCGUUCAGACUCGUUUUCAUGUCACGCUUUGAGCCACGUGAUAGGCACCUUCAGCUGAAGGUCAUACAGUUCAGUUCCUCUGAAAGGUCACGUGACAUCCAAUGA